GAUGCAGCAGAAAAAUGAGAGAGCAUAGGAGAAACUUACAGCGGAGAAGUCGGUUGCUGACCUGUUGCCGAAAAUGGACCGCGGGGUUCUGGGGGCUGAGGCGAUACUGCUUCCGGAGGAAGCAUCUCCCUCUGCUUAAAAGGAGGCGCCAGCCCAGCACCGCUUGGACGUUGGGCAGUUGGAAACAAGCGGAACCAUGCAGAACGAGGGCGUUCGUGAGGAGGUGGGUUCCUGAAGCCUUCCUAAAUGCAGAGACUUGUGUCUGCGCUGGAAACGGUACCUUCCUGGAAGCCGUGCCCAGGAGUCCUUUUCCCAGGUGCAGAUCUGGAGAACCGUUUACAGUGGCCGAGGGUCUGGGCAGGAAACCUUUCCGGAGAGAACCACUGCUCCACGGACACCGCGGCGCACAAACGGACUCAAAGAUCUGUCCAGGCAAGCAAUACUGCCCGGAGGGCAGGAGCACAGCUGUAACGGUUCCAGAGGGUCGCCUCACUCACGGUCCCGGGGAGAGCAAUAACGGCGGCAGCGAUGGAGUCGUCCUCCUAAAUAACUCGAGGAGGGAGUGCUGUUGCCGAGGGCCAGAGCCAAACGGAAUUUGCGGCCCCUUGACGAGCAGGAGAAGGCCUAAAUUUAAGCUGUGUACUUUAAAAAGCAGAUCUCUAUUUAUGAUGUAUAAGAAACUUUCUGUGGUUAAGUUUUGGGUUAGAAUUCUAAAAUGUCGUUCUAAGUUCUGGAGAGGCAAGGCUUGCAAGUCGAGUAGAAACAAGCUCAGCUGGGCGGAUAAAGUAACCAGGGACCGACAAGAGGACUUCCACCAAAAGGCCUUUGCGAGUAGUCCCUGUACCUUAUUUCCCUCUUGGAGGUCAGAGGGUGCCUCUCCCCGGAACCUGCCCAGCUGCUCAGAUAUGAACAAUCACAUGCCAGGACCAUUAGUCGGGGAGAAUCGCACACGUCUGCCGGAGACGUCCCUCGCGCGGGAUGUGUCGUUGCAGUGCGGUGACCUCCGUCAUAAGGAACUUGUCUCCAAAGACCAAAAUGGCAUCGUUGGGAUCUGCGUGCCUCAGUCGCCUAGAGCAGCCUCUUGUGGGGCGGAGGCGGCAGUGCACAAGGAGGAGAUGGGGGAGGCGCCCCCGCUCGAUGGUUGCCCCGGUGACGUUUUCAUCUCCGUGUCGGAAAAAGAGAUCUCCGUUUCGAGUCAAGACGACGGAGACUCUCAUCCGGUCAUGGGCACCGACGAGAUAGUCCUGGAGCCCUGCAAGGCAGACUCGGGGACGCAAGACGGUUUUGCCAACGGGCCCGUCUCCGUGGAGCCGGCCCAGAGCGAGGACAGCUGUAGCCAGAUGGAAGUAGAAGGGCCCGUAAGCGCGGACGUUUUUGGCGCAGAGCUCUUAGAUCACCCGUAUUGCAAAAGCCCGCUCGACGAACCCCGCCGAGAAAGCACAGGACAGAAAUCAGGGACCCAAAAGGGUGGCAAGAGAAGCAGUCAGAGAGCUUCUUGCAUCAGCGAUGAGCAAUUGGCGGUGUGGCUUUGUGGAUUCCUAGAUGAAGUAAUGAAGAAAUACGGCAGCUUAAUUCCGCUUUGUGAAAAGGACGUCAUGGGAAGAUUAAAGGAAGCCUUUAAGGAAGAUUUCUCCCAUAGAAAGCCAUUUAUCACGAAGGAAAUCAUGAAAUAUCAAACGAGGCAUCCCAAACCUUCCACUUGCAGUUUCCGGGUCUUCUACAAUAAGCACAUGCUAGAUAUGGAUGAUCUGACGACGCUGGAUGGUCAGAACUGGCUAAAUGACCAGAUCAUCAACAUGUACGGCGAGCUAAUAAUGGAUGCAGUUCCUGAAAAGGUUCAUUUCUUCAACAGCUUUUUUCAUAGACAGCUGGUAACCAAAGGAUAUAACGGGGUGAAACGAUGGACUAAAAAG